ACACAACGCCGCCCCUCACAAUCAUGGCGACAUUUAUUGUAUUUCAUUUUGUGUUGUUGUUUUUUUAUUUAUUUAUUUUUUUACAAUAAAUAAAAUGUAAUAUAAAAUACUUAGCUAACACGUAAUUAUUAUUAUUAUUAUUAUUUAAUACUAUAGGGUAGGUUUGUUUUUGCUUAGAGGUGAUGUCAUUUCCGCUACGCCGCACAACUCCACACAGGAUGUUUCGCGUUUGAAAUGUUUUUUCACGCAGGAAGCGUCUCGUUUGAAGUUGGAUUUUGACGUGCGAUGGGAGUCACUUGCGUGUCCCAGGUUCCGGUGGCGGAGGGGAAGAGCGUGCAGCAGACUGUGGAGAUGCUGAACAGGAAGCUGGAGCAGCUGGGUGCCGUGAAGCAGGGGAACUUCUGUGUGGACUGCGAGACCUACCACGCAGGGGCCAUCGGCAGUCCCGGCCAGCCCCCCAAGUUCCUGUACGUCAUGCACAACUCUGAGGCUCCACUCAGCUGCUUUGCUCUCUUCGAGAACGGACCCUGUCUGGUGGCCGACCCCAACUUCGACGUGCUGAUGAUCAAGCUGAAGAGCUACUUCCAGAACGCCAAGAGCAACAAGGUGGAGAGCCGCGGGGCACGCUACCAGUACUGCGACUUCCUGGUCAAGGUGGGCACCGCCACCAUAGCGUCCAGCGCACGUGGCAUUACCGUGGAGGUGGAGUACUGCCCGUGCGUCACGGCCAACGACUGCUGGAACCUGCUGAUGGAGUUCAUGCAGAGCUUCCUGCCCUCUCACAUCCCCGGCGUGCCGUCCGUGUUUGGUGUGAAGACAGACGGGGUGUACAGCCCGUCGGACACCAUGGCACAGUACCUGGAGCUCUUCAGCAAGCUCCGCAAACAGCAGGCAGCAACGGGGAGCGGCAUGCGCUGAGAGGGUACCAGGAGGCUCCUUUAAGAGAGGAGACUCAGGAUAGACGCUCUCUCUCCUGCAGCUUCGAUCGGACUGGCCCUCUCUCUCCACCAGCUCACUGAGACAGAGUUUCUGAAGGUGACACCUGCAGUGCCAGGCUACGUGAAAUCAGCCCCGCAAGUGACUUUAAAACAAAUCAACGAGUGUGUAUCAAGAAUUAACAAAGGAGUUCCAAGUUUACAUGUAGUUUUAAACACUCGGUUAUCGUAAAGAUAUUCUGUUUCCGUAGUAGUGCCACUAGAUGCUUUGUUAUAAUCUUAGAAACAAGAAGGCUUUGUCCGUGCUUUUUGUGGUGUAAAUCUACUGUUUUCUCAGUUAUAUGAGUGGAUAUGGAGUGAUAAACCAGAAUAAAAGAACUCAUGUCAGGUGAGCGAUGAGCUUGGCAUCACCCAGGAGCCUCAGGAUUUACUGAGCAGCCUGAGUCAUAUCAAGCAGAUUCAUGAGCAGAUCAUUCCAGUGCAUGUUGUCAACUUUUGUUAUUGAGUAAAGUAAUGUGUUUUUUAUAA